CUAAUUAAAAUUAUAUCUAUCAUUGCUCCCGUUUUAUUGAUAUGUCGCAUGGUAGAUCUAAAGGAAUCCGAUUUGAAGCUCGUUUAAAUGACCCGAGGUCGCGAACUUUUUGAACUUUACGACAACCAAUCAAAAACGCCGUUUCGUACGAAGUUCGUUGUGGAAGUAAAAAUGGAGGACGUUGAUAAAAUCGAAGCGGUAGAAAAAGAAGUUUGCAAAUUAUUCAAUGUGGAAGCGCUCAAAGCCGAACAGAAGGAAAUUUUACAAUGUUUAUUGUCAAAACAAGAUUGCAUGGCGGUGUUACCGACUGGAUACGGGAAAUCGCUUCCUUAUCAGAUGUAUUUGCCCUUGAUACGUCAAUUGACUGAAACAAAUUUAUGUCAUGGGCUGCCUUUUCAAGCCAAAUUCGAUGUGAAUGAGAAGAUUAUAGUGUGCUGUCCACUUGUCUCAUUAAUGGCAGACCAAGUGCAACGUCUUACUGACAUUCCAAAUUUGAAGGCUGCAUUUAAAGGAAAUUCCCAAGAAGGUGACGAUAUGAUAAGAAAAGGUGAAAUAGAUAUCAUAUUUGCAUCACCAGAAACACUUGUUGGAGACCCGUUUUGGAGAUCUCAGUUGCAGGAACUGUCCGUUGGUGUCAUUGUGAUUGAUGAGUUCCACACGAUUACGACCUGGGGCGGAGAUGACGAAACAGAAGAGCAAGAUGCUUUCCGUAAAUGGUUUAGAUAUGUUGGUGAACUAAGAGCUAUUUUUCCGCAUGCGUCAGUACUAGCCUUAAGUGCAACCUGUACGAACAAAAUUAAGAAGCAGGUUUCCAAGAUUCUUAACUUGAAGCAAGGACUUUCUAAAUUCAUAUCAGUCUCUCCAAAUAAGACCAAUAUCAAAUUGGUAGUGAAAAAAAUUGACAAUGCCAUUGAAACUGCCAUGUAUUGGCUGAUUGAUUCUUUAGAGAAUAUGAAAAUGAACUUUCCAAAAACACUUAUAUAUGCAAAUUCCAUUGCUGAUGUAUCCAAGUUAUAUUCAUACGUUGUAUCUGAACUCGAAGAAUGUGCCAAACAUGUAGAGAUGUUUCAUUCUGAAACACCAGAGGAAAAGAAGAAGACAAUUAUGACGUCGUUAAAUCAGGCUGACAGUGACAUUAGGGUUGUGUUUGCCACAAGCGCUCUUGGUAUGGGGAUUGAUGUCAGUAAUUGUCACAGCAUCAUUUUGUUUGGGCCACCAAGAAGUGUUUUGGAUUUAAUCCAAGAAAUUGGGCGAGUAGGACGAGAUGGUGAGAGAUCAGUAGCCAUUCUCAUGCACAAUUCUUAUCACCUGCGAAAUGUUACGAGUGAAAUGAAAAAAGUGUUUAGUGAUACCAAUGACUGUCGAAGGAAGUCCUUGUUGAAACAUUUCUUGUCAGAUAAUGAAAUGCAGGAUUUAGACAUGGAAGUAGAUAAACACACUUGUUGUGACAAAUGUACACAAAACUGCUCCUGUGGUGACUGUAUUAAACUAGAAAUUGAAAAUUUGGUUGAUACUGGGGUUGACUGUUUUUCCUCCUCUAGCAGUGAUAGUGACACGAUUGAUUAUGAGUAUGAAGCUGAUGAUUAUCAAUCUUUUGGCAAUGAAAACUUGUUUGACGAUGAUGACGAUUUCACUGAUCUAAAUCUGGACUCAGUUCAUGAAAUUUUGUAAUACAUAUCAUAAUCAGAUUAAAUUACAUGACCAUGCUCAGUUUCUUUUGAUAUCAAAAUAAUAUGUUGAAUAACAAUUCAGGAGGUGGUGUUGGUUAACAUUGAAAGCAUUUGUUCCUUAAAAUGGAAAA